AUCGCCGGAGGCUCUGACAGCUUUAUCGCCGGAGUCCCUGAACUCUCGCUUUCUUUUUAAUCUCCUGCAUCAGAUCACCGGCGUGCCCCACCAUGUCAGAUGCAGCUGUAGACACCAGCUCUGAAAUCAUCACCAAGGACUUAAAGGAGAAGAAGGAAGUUGUGAAAGCGGCAGAAAAUGGAAGAGACGCUCCUGCUAACAGGAAUGCUAAGGAGGAAAAUGGGGAGCAGGAGGCUGACAAUGAGGUAGAUGAAGAAGGGGAAGAAGGUGGGGAGGAAGAGGAGGAGGAAAAAGAAGGUGAUGGUGAGGAAGAGGAUGGAGAUGAAGACGAGGAAGCUGAGUCCGCUACAGGCAAGCGGGCAGCUGAAGAUGAUGAGAAUGAUGAUGUCGAUACCAAGAAGCAGAAGACCGACAAGGAUGACUAGACAGCAAAAAAGGAAAAGCUAAACUAAAAAAAAAAAGGCCGCCAUGACCUAUUCACCCUCCAUUUCCUGUCUCAGAAUCUAAACGUGGUCACCUUCCAGCAUUGAGGCCUGCCUGCCCACCGUGGGCAGUGCCACCCACAGAUGACGCACACUCUCCACCACCCAACCUAAACCGUAAGAAUUUGCAACAGGGGAGGAAAAAAGAACCAAAACUUCCAAGGCCCUGCUUUUUUUCUUAAAAGUACUUUUAAAAAAGAAAUUUGUUUGUAUUUUUUAUUUAUAUUUUAUAUUUUUGUACAUAUUGUUAGGGUAAGCCACUUUUAAUGAUCUCGGAUGACCAAACCAGCCUUGCAACCGUUCUCCGUCCUACUUCUGACUUUACUUGUGGUGUGACCAUGUUCAUUAUAAUAUCAAAGGAGAAAAAAAAAACUUGUAAAAAAAAGGGCCGAGCGCAGUGGUUCACGCCUGUAAUCCCAGCACUUUGGGAGGCCAAGGCGGGUGGAUCACGAGGUCAGGAGAUCAAGACCAUCCUGGCUAACACGGUGAAACCCCGUCUUUUUUUCCCCUUUUUUUGUUUAUAAAGUUGCUGGGGUUUUUUUGGCCUCUUUGACGUAUGUGUGAAACAAUGUUGUCCAACAAUAAACAGGAAUUUUAU